GCUUCGCAGUCUAUUAGGACCUGAGCUUUGGCAGACAGUCAGAAGCGUUGACAUCAGUCAGAAAUGCUGAGAAUGGUCUGUAGCCUUCUGUUUCUUCGAAAAGUCCGGUCAAAUUUUAUCUAGGGAAAUUUAAGUCAAUGGGUUUAGGAUAAACCAAAGGUCUCAAAACAUUGCUUCCUUGGUUCAUUGUCUUCUUCAUUCAGCUUGAGUUUGCCUGGCAUUUUAUAAAACCAUCAGCUUGUUCAUGAACGAUUUGGAAAGCCUUAUGGAGUCUAAUAGUGUUAAUCUAAGAGUUACUUUAAAAUCUUUACUAAGGUAAGCAGAGCCAGGCAGAGCAGCCUGCAGACUAAAGGGGUAAAGCUUCCUAGGUGGGCCUGAGGCGGCCAUGACACUUCCGGUUCCUGUUCUCUAGCCAGGACUCCUGGGGGGGGGAACUUCCGGUCCCUGGCUCGCUGGCAUGGAGUCCGCCUGGUCUUCCCUGGGUGGCAGCCUGGGAUCUACAGACCCACAGCUGCAGCGUUUCAUGGAGGUGGAGGUGCAGAAGCAGCGGGCGCAGUUGCUCGUCCACCACAUGACUGAGCUCUGCUGGGAGAAGUGCAUGGACAAGCCCGGGCCCAAGCUGGACGGCCGGGCCGAGCUCUGCUUGGUGAACUGCGUCGAGCGCUUCAUCGAUACGAGCCAGUUUAUCUUGAAUCGACUGGAGCAGACCCAGAAGGCUAGACCAUUCUUCUCAGAAAGACUUUCCUACUGA